AUGACGAGAGACAGCUUCAUUACCCCGUCCAUCCACCCAAUUAGGAGCCAGAUGGCGCUUCUGGCCAAUCAAAUCAUGGAUGCAAGGAUUCUCAGCAGCAUGAACGGGAGAGCAGAGCUUUCCCAGUUCUUGAGAGUCACCAAUCAAAGCAUCGCCUCCCAGGUAAAUUCCACCCAGGAUGACAGCCGCAAGAACAGGAAGUACCCGUGCCCAUUGUGUGGGAAGCGCUUCCGCUUCAACAGCAUCCUUUCCCUUCAUAUGCGCACACACACUGGCGAGAAGCCCUUCAAGUGCCCUUACUGCGAUCACAGGGCUGCACAAAAAGGCAACCUGAAGAUACACCUGCGCACUCACAAGCAAGGCAUUAUGGGUAAAGGCCGCGGGCGAAUUAGGGAGGAGAACAGAUUGCUGCAUGAGCUUGAGGAAAGAGCGAUACUAAGGGACAGGCAGACUCGAGGUGGCCAUGUUAGCCAAGCAUUGAAUAUAAACCAACUUCAAAAGCCCCAACUGUUACAAACUGUCCCAACACAACCUACAUUCUUAUCUGCUGCUGCAGAGAGCCAGCCACACACAUCCACAUCCCCUGAGGUGACUGCCAUCCAGGAUGAUCCCAUCCAGCCGCAACCCACCGGCUUCCGCUGCUCAUUCUGUAAGGGAAAGUUCAGGAAGCAGCAGGAGCUUGAACGCCACAUCCGGAUCCUACAUAAACCCUAUAAAUGCACCCUGUGCGAGUUCGCCGCCUCACAGGAGGAGGAGCUCAUUGGGCACGUUGAGACGACGCAUAUAACUGCUGAUAACGGCGCUGGGCAGAGGCCUGCGAUGGGCACCAGCGACAAGAAAAAGCCCGCUGGCGAGUUCCCCUGCGAGGUGUGUGGCCAGACCUUCAGCCAGGCCUGGUUCCUGAAGGGUCACAUGAGGAAACACAAGGACUCUUUUGAGCACUGCUGUCAAAUCUGUGGCCGGCGUUUCAAAGAACCCUGGUUUCUCAAGAACCACAUGAAAGUCCACCUCAACAAGCUGGCUGCUAAGCAUAAUCUCCCCGCUGAGCAUGACACCUCUGUUAACAUGAAUAACCUGACACAGGACCACCAGAGCAACCUCUACUCACAGUACAUCACCCGCAUUCACAACCGGUUCCUCACGGCCGAGAGGGACCAUCAAGAUUAUAACCAGAUACUUGCCACAGCAGGCGUUGAUAUGAAGGUUAGGGAGAUGUUAGGGAGGAUGAUUUCCUCGGGUCCCGGCCCUUUGACAGAUGCAGAUAGCUCCUCUUUACUGGGUUUAAACAAUCUCCACCCUCCACUGAGCUCCACUAGCAUGGAAUACCUGCAGAAAAUCAUGUCUAACAGAGAUACACUCAACAACAGCAGCAGCAGCAGCAGCUACCCAGGCUGGCAGAUCAUGACCCCAGGGCUGCCUGUUGAACAGCAAAUGUUCAGUCCUAAAGACCAGCAGCAGUGCUCCUCCUACCUACCUGAGAGAUGUCUCCCUGUCAAUGAUGGGAAAGUGUGUCUCAGCGACCCAGACACCAAGACCAUCAGCCGACCCGGUAGCCCAGGCAGCGUGAGUCGUCACGAGAUCAUCACGGAGACGGGGAGCUCCCACUCUGGCAGCGGGCUCGACCAUCGACCACAGUCUUCUUCUCCAGCUACAGGUGAGAAAGUCUACAGGUGUCCGCUCUCCAGUGACUACACCGCAGCACAGACAGCCUCCCUCGGCUUCCAUCUGGAUCGCUACCACUUCCCCCACUGGCAGAACAGCAGGGAUCUUUCUUCUCCACUGCAGCCCACCAGCAGCAGCAGCUCCAGCCCCAACCCCAACCCCAAGCUCAGACCAAGAUCCAGGGAAGACUGGAGCCCGGCCCACUACCUUGGUCUGGAGAGCCACAGUGAAAACGCCCUGCUCAUCAACAAGCAGCCCGACCUCACCGACAAAGAAGCAGGUGUAGACGGCUCUUUAUCUGCUCAAACCAGGAAGUCCCAGUAUGAGCCUUUAGAUUUGUCUGUGAGGCCAGAGUCUGUCAUGUCUCAGUCAGGCAUGUCUCCAGCUGUCCUGGUACAGAUGUCUGGUGUUUUUAGUAAUGGACUCUCCUCCUCCGUUACCCGCCGGCUACAAAGUUACUCUAAUGCUGAACUCGGUGUGAAACCUGCAUAUCAGUGUGACCUUUUGGUGCAGGGAACAAAAGAAGAGAUGAACGCCCAGAAUGCCUGCUCCACAGGUCACGAUGGUGAAGGUGAAUUUGAGAAAUCCGAGCAAGGGAGGGAGGACGAAAAUGAUGAUGCUGCCAAGUGGAAGAUGCUGAAAAAUAAUAUCCUCGAGCCAGAGGAGCAGGGACAGGCUGAUUUCCAGGGUCCGGGUGAGAAGAAACACGACAGGCCGGGACCUUGGGGCAGAGCUGUGGCUGAGUCUCCCAUCUCCUCUCUGGAGAACUUGACUCCAGGACAGGCUGAUCAGCUCCAGCACCAGGGCGGCCUGCUCUCCUUCCUCAGAUCCCAGGGGAACCUGGGCGGCACACACAAAGCCAGUCUGAACGACGGGGAGAAAGAUGUUGCAUCAGCUCGGAAGCCAUUCCAGUGCCGAUACUGCCCCUACAGCGCCUCCCAGAAGGGCAACCUAAAGACCCACGUCCUCUGUGUCCACCGCAAACCCUUCGACAACAGCCUCUACCCAGACCGCCGCCUCCGACGCUCACACACGCCCCAAAGGGCCUCCAGAUUGCCUCAGAGCAUCACGGGAGAUAAUCGUGCACCAGGAAGAGACCAGAUUGGCAUGACAUCACUCUGUGGGACUUGAUGUUGUCAUGGCAACAGCAGAUACAGACAGUUAUGAUUAUUGUUUUAGCUUCACCUCAAAUUGGUUAGGAUGAUUGAAAAAAAAAAAAGUUAACAACCAACCUUGAUGUACAUUCCAGUGUUUACUUGAAGAGCCACAGUAUGUAUUUAUCUGUAGCAAAGAAGCUGCCUAUAAUA